GCCAUCAUGGCUGCCGCGGCCGCCUCCCCCGCGCUGAAGCGGCUGGAUCUGCGCGACCCCGCGGCGCUUUUCGAGACACACGGAGCGGAGGAGAUCCGCGGACUGGAGCGCCAGGUUCGGGCCGAGAUCGAGCACAAGAAAGAGGAGCUGCGGCAAAUGGUGGGAGAGCGGUACCGCGACCUGAUCGAGGCGGCCGACACCAUCGGCCAGAUGCGCCGCUGCGCCGAGGGGCUGGUGGACGCCGUGAAGGCCACCGACCAGUACUGCGCCCGUCUCCGCGAGGCCGGCUCGGCCGCCCCCCUACCGCCGCGAGCCCCGCAGCCCCAGCAGCCAUCUCAGGAGAAGUUCUACAGCAUGGCUGCCCAGAUCAAGCUACUCUUGGAAAUUCCCGAGAAGAUCUGGAGCUCCAUGGAGGCCGCCCGGUACCUCCAUGCCACGCAGCUGUACCUGCUCUGCUGUCACCUCCACAGCCUGCUCCAGCUGGAUCCCUCUGGGUCCCGAUACAGCCCCGUCCUCCUGCGGUUCCCCAUACUCAUCCGGCAGGUGGCGGCGGCCAGCCACUUCCGGUCGACUAUUCUGCACGAAAGCAAGCAGCUACUCAGAUGCCAAGCCGUGUCUGACCAGGCUGUAGCCGAGGCGCUGUGCUCCAUCAUGCUCUUGGAAGAGAGUUCUCCUCGCCAAGCCCUCGCUGACUUCCUGUUGGCCCGAAAGGCAGCCAUUCAGAAGCUUCUCAACCAGCCGCACCACGGUACUGGCAUCAAGACUCAGAUCUGCUCAUUAGUGGAGCUGCUGGCCACCACCCUGAACCAAGCACAUGCUCUUUUCUACACUUUGUCAGAAGGGCAGCUGCUAGACCCAUCCCUGCCCUGCGGCCUGCUCUUCUCAACUCUGGCGACCGUCACAGGCCAGCCUCCCACUGGGAAGGGCGCCGGCGUCCUGCAGGAGGAGGUAGCGCUGUGCGGCUGGUCCCGACACCUGCCACCAUCUGUCGUCGGCUUCCAGCCCUCUCUCCGAACCCUGGCGCAGCCCAUCAGCCAGGAGUACCUGAAGGACACACUGCAGAAGUGGAUCCACAUGUGCAAUGAAGACAUUAGAAACGGGAUCACCAACCUGCUCUUGUACGUGAAGAGCAUGAAGGGUCUCGCGGGGGUCCGGGAUGCCAUGUGGGAACUGCUGACCAAUGAGGCCACCAGCCACAGCUGGGACAUCAUAUGUCAGCGGCUUCUGGAGAAGCCGCUCUUGUUCUGGGAGGACCUGAUGCAGCAGUUGUUCCUUGAGCGGCUACAGACUCUGACAAAAGAAGGCUUUGACUCCAUCUCCGCCGGCUGCAAGGAGCUCCUCCUUUCAGCCCUGCGGGAGCUCGAGAGCAACGCCAGCAGCUCCGCUCCAAAUAAGCACAUCCACCUGGAGCACAACAUGCCGCUCUUCCUCUGGUCCGAGAGUCCCCAGGACCUGCCUCCCGACGCCGCCUGGGUCAGCGUGGCGCACCGGGGGCAGUGUGCCGGCAGUGGGCUCUCCAUGAAAGCGCUGGCCGUUAGCCCCUGCGUCCAGGACUUCUGCUCUGCCCUGGACUCUAAGCUGCAGGUUCAGCUGGAUGACCUCCUGGCUUACCUUCCCCGUGCGGACCCGUCGCUGCCCAAGGACGUCUCCCCCGCGCAGGCCAAGGGCUGCGCCUUCGACAGGUACGCGGACGCCGGCACCGUGCGGGAGCUGCUGCAGGCCCAGUCCGUGGCCUGCGUCGCGCGCGUCACAGACUGCAUCGGGGCCGAGCUGCGCAGGCUCGAGCAGGUGGUGCAGGGGCAGCAGGACGUCCUCAACAGUGUCCAGCUGCACGCGGUCCUUUUCAUGGCCAGACUCUGCCAGUCGCUGGGAGAGCUGUGUCCCCAUCUGAAGCAGUGCAUCGUGGGGAAGUCCAGGAGCUCCGAGAAACCAGCGAGGGACCCCAAGGCUCUGAAAAAGCAGGGAAAGGGGAGAACCCAGGAAGUACUCCCCACGCAGGCCAAGUGGCAGGAAGUCACGGAGCUCCUCCUGCAGCAGAGCGUGACAGGCUACCGCGUGUGGAGCUCGGCGGUUGUGAAGGUUUUGGCUCAUGGGUUCACCCAGUCGUUGCUUCUAGACGAUGCCGGCUCCAUCCUGGCCACAGCCACCAGCUGGGAGGAGCUAGACAUCCAGGAGGAAGCAGAGUCUGGUGGCAAUGUCACGUCCACCAUCCGACUCCCUACACAGCCGUCCUGGUACGUGCAGUCCUUCCUCUUUAGCCUCUGCCAGGAAAUUAACCGGGUUGGAGGCCACGCUUUGCCAAAAGUGACCCAGCAGGAGAUACUGAAAAGCUGUAUUGUCCACGUGGUGGCUGCCUACGAGAAGCUUUCAGAAGAGAAACAGGUGAAGAAAGACGGUGCGUUCCCCAUGACCCAGAAUCGGGCCCUGCAGCUGCUGUAUGAUCUGCGCUAUCUCAGCCUCGUCCUGACGGCCAGGGGUGAGGAGAAGAGCGGCCGCGCCAAGCAGGACUCCAGAAUUGGGAAAGUGACCGACUACCUGGAAACACUCAUUGACCCGUUUGACCUGGAUGUUUUCACACCGCACCUCAACAGCAACCUCACCCGGCUGGUGCAGCGAACUUCCGUCCUAUUUGGGUUGGUAACUGGUACAGACAAUCAGUUCACGCCCAGGAGCAACACAUUCAACUCCCAAGAACCCCAUAACAUACUGCCCUUGGCGUCGAGUCAGAUCAGGUUCGGACUUCUCCCACUGAGCAUGACAAGCACCCGGAAGGCCAAACCAACCGGCAGAAGCGUGGAAACAAAGCCCCAGCCUCUGCAGAUCUUGACAAACAGCAAAGGCCCCUUCCUGGAGCGCUCGUGCUUCUCAGGUCUGCUCGCGUGUGCUGUGUGGGCUCCGAGUGCAGUGGAGGGGGGUCAGGCAGGCGGGUCUGGGGAGACUCUAAGGCACUUUCCUCUAUACGCGUGGCAGGUUGGCCCCCCGGCCCUCUCCCGAGCAGAUGACCCAACGCACCCUGGCUCCUUGUUCAGACAGCUGGUCAGUGAGGAGGAAGACACGUCUACACCUUCAUUAUUCAAGCUAGGCUGGCUCUCUAGUAUGGCUAAAUAACGGGGGAGCAUAUCCAUCUCUCUCUAAAUAAAUACUAAGUCACUUCUUCUAA